GCCUUGGAGGCGAUCGAGUCCCAAAUUAAGGAGAAUAUAUACAUCGCCUCCUCCCUCUGUCCUCACCUCCUCCUCCAACUUCUCUCUCUCUCUCUAUCUCUCUCGGGGAUCUAGUCGGAUCCAGUCUGGGGGAAACUGGAGUUCCUGGUGCGAGAUAAUUGGCACAUGAUGUGGGUUAAUGAGGCGGAGAUGCGCGGGGACAAACUCAGACGCGCCCCGCUCCAGCGACGACAAGUGUGCACGGAGUGAGCGACGGGAGGAGGAGAAGCCGGCGGAGAAGAGCGAGACUUAAGGAGUUAACCCCGGAGGGAGAGGUGGAAGGAAAUCGGAGACGGAAGGAGAUUACGCACCUCAACCUCCUCACGUUCGUGCUAUGGAAUCGGGGCAAAGCGCGCAGGUGACUGAUAUGGCGGGGGAGCACUCCGCCGGGGCCAGCGUGGCGGAGCGGGACCGGACCGACGUGUCCAGCCCCAGUCCCCCGUUCAAGCAGCGCUCCCUGCGGGCCGUGUACGUUCUGAACGACGGGCUGAAGGCUGUGAUGGCGAGCAGCCCCGAGUCCGGAGCCCUGCAGUGUCUACAGAGAGCCUGCGACUCCGAGAGCGCGCUGCUCACCACCGUCACGUUCGGAAGGCUGGACUUCGGGGAGACGUCGGUGCUGGACAGUUUCUACGAUGCAGACAUCGCCGUGGUGGAUAUGAGUGACGUGUUCCGGCAGCCAUCUUUGUUUUACCACCUGGGCGUCAGGGAGAGUUUCGACAUGGCCAACAAUGUCAUCCUGUACAACGACACCGACCCCGACACUGCACAGUCACUGAAGGACAUGGUGGCGCAGAAAAACACGGCCACUCGUCCUCCAGUGUUAGGUUUUCCGUGGGUUCCGUUGCCUCCAGAGUACAGAGGCUCUGGAUUGCGCGAUAAAGCCUCCAGUGGGAACUACUACUUCAUCCCCUACAUCGUGACGCCCAACCACGAGUACAUGUGCUGUGAGAGCGACGCCCAGCGCAGGGCCAGCGAGUACAUGCAGCCCAGCUGGGACAACCUGCUGGGACCACUGUGCGUCCCCCUGACCGACCGCUUCACCAGCCUGCUGAAGGACAUCCACGUCACGUCCUGCGCCUCCUAUAAGGACACCCUGCUGAACGACAUCCGGAAGGCCCGGGAGAAAUAUCAGGGAGAGGAACUGGCCAAGGAGCUCUCCCGCAUCAAGCUCCGGAUCGACAACACCGAGGUCCUCACGCAGGACAUCGUCAUGAACCUGCUGUUCUCCUACCGAGACAUUCAGGACUAUGACGCCAUGGUGAAGUUGGUGCAAACCCUGGAAAUGUUGCCGACUUGUGAUCUGGCAACUCAGCCCAUGAUCCAGUUCCACUACGCCUUCGCUCUCAAUAGGAGGAACAGUCCUGGUGACAGGGAGCAGGCUCUCACAGUGAUGCUUCAGGUGCUGGAGUCAUGUGAGCAUCCUGCACCCGACAUGUUCUGCCUCUGUGGACGAAUCUACAAGGACAUCUUCCUGGACUCUGACUGUAAAGACAUGAUAAACAGAGACAAUGCCAUUCAGUGGUACAGGAAGGGGUUCGAGCUGCAGCCCACUCUCUACUCCGGGAUCAACCUGGCCGUCCUGCUCAUCGUGGCCGGGCAGCAGUUUGAGAGCUCGAUUGAACUGAGGAAAAUAGGUGUGAGGUUGAACAGUUUGCUUGGACGGAAAGGAUCCCUGGAGAAGAUGAACAACUACUGGGACGUGGGACAGUUCUUCACCGUCAGCAUGUUGGCCAGCGACAUCCCCAAAGCUACUCAGGCUGCAGAGAAGCUCUUCAAACUGAAGCCACCUCUCUGGUAUCUGCGGUCGGUGGUGCAGAACCUGCAGCUGAUCCAGAGGUUCAAGAAGCAGAACCUGGAGUAUUCUCCUCAGAGGGAGCGACUCAACUUCUGGAUGGACAUCAUCGUGGAGGCGACGCAGCGCACCACCAACCGACUGCGCUUUCCAGUGUUGAUUCUGGAGCCAACGAAGGUUUACCAGCCCUCGUAUGUGUCCAUCAACAACGAGGCCGAAGAGAAGAACGUCUCCAUCUGGCACGUUUCUCCUGCUGAAACUAAGGGUAUACACGAGUGGAACUUUACUACAAUGUCCAUAAAAGGCAUCAGCAUCAGCAAGUUCGACGAGCGCUGCUGCUUCCUCUACGUCCACGACAACUCCGACGACUUCCAGAUCUACUUCUCCACUGAGGAGCAGUGCGGUCGAUUCUGCUCCAUGGUGAAGGAGAUGAUAUCUGAUGGGACAGGAAAUGCUGUGGAGCUGGAAGGGGAAGGAGAUGGAGACACACUGGAGUAUGAGUAUGACACAAAUGAGAAGGAGGACAGGGUGGUGCUGGGGCGAGGAACCUACGGAGUGGUGUUCGCUGGGAGAGACAUGAGCAACCAGGUCCGGAUCGCCAUCAAGGAGAUUCCAGAGAGAGACAGCAGAUACUCGCAGCCGCUUCACGAGGAGAUCGCUCUUCACAAGUAUCUGAAGCACAGGAACAUCGUCCAGUACCUGGGCUCUGUGUCUGAGAACGGAUACAUCAAGAUCUUCAUGGAGCAAGUGCCUGGAGGAAGCCUGUCGGCGUUGCUGCGGUCGAAAUGGGGUCCGCUGAAGGAGGCGACGAUCAUCUUCUACACCAGACAGAUCCUGGAGGGGCUCCGGUACCUGCAUGAGAACCAGAUCGUCCACAGAGACAUCAAGGGGGAUAAUGUCUUGGUGAACACCUACAGUGGCGUCUUGAAGAUCUCCGACUUUGGUACCUCCAAGCGUUUGGCAGGAGUCAACCCAUGUACAGAAACGUUCACAGGUACGCUGCAGUACAUGGCGCCAGAAAUCAUCGAUAAGGGCCCUCGAGGGUACGGGGCCCCGGCCGACAUCUGGUCCCUCGGAUGCACCAUCAUAGAGAUGGCCACCGGGAAACCGCCCUUUCACGAGCUGGGGGAACCACAGGCGGCCAUGUUUAAGGUGGGCAUGUUCAAGAUCCACCCGGAGAUCCCAGAGUCUCUGUCGCCGGAAGCCAAGUCGUUCAUCCUGCGCUGCUUCGAGCCCGACCCCAACAAGAGAGCCAUCGCCUCCGACCUGCUCAAAGACACGUUCGUCAGGCACAACGCGAAGGGCAAGAAGAGCAAGAUCGCCUUCAAACCAUCAGACUACAUCCAUAAUGUUUCCCUGCCGGUGCAGUUGCAGUGCGAGACCAUCGGGAGCAGCAGCAGCGAACCCGGCUCCGUCAGCCCCGACUGUGACUCCAAACACGACGUCUUCUUCCUGAAGAAGAAAAGCUCGGGCUCCGAGAACCUGCUCAAACCCCCCAACUCCAACUACCUGAGUGUGCCAGAUGAGGGGUCGGUGUCGGAGGACCGCAGUGCCCCCCCCUCCCCUGAGGACAGGGAUGGCGGUCUGUUCCUGCUGAAGAAGGACAGCGAGAGACGCUCCAUUCUCUACAAGGUCCUGAAUGACGACCAGGACAAGGUCAUCUCCUACCUCAAAGAGAACCACAUCCAGGGCAUUGAGGAGCUCCAGCUGUCCGUGGAUCACAUCAAGCAGAUCAUCUGCAUCCUGAGAGACUUCAUCCAUUCCCCCGAGCGGCGCGUCAUGGCCGCCACCAUCUCCAAGCUCAAGCUGGACCUGGACUUCGACUCCACCUCCAUCAACCAGAUCCAGCUGGUGCUGUUUGGCUUCCAGGACUCGGUGAACAAGGUCCUGAGGAAUCAUCACAUUAAGCCUCACUGGAUGUUCGCCAUGGACAACAUCAUCCGGCGAGCGGUGCAGGCCGCCAUCACCAUCCUGAUUCCAGAGCUGCAGACGCACUUCGGCCCGGCGUCCGAGUGCGACGGUGCAGAGAAGGAAGUCGAGGUGGACGAGGAGGAAGUGGAGCUCGGUCCCGUUUUAGCUCCGCAAGCCGACGACCCCGCCGCUACGACCGACCCCACCCACCCCGCCGUCAGCACGCUAAACUCCACCCACUCCCACGAGCCCCAGCGCACCCCUCUGCAGCUGGGCGCUCAGCUGGGACGACUCAAACAGGAAACAAACAGGCUGCUGGAGGAGCUGCUGCAGAAGGAGAAGGAGUAUCAGCAGAUCCUGAAGCUGACGCUGCAGCAGAGAUCUCAGGACAUGGAGCUGGUCAGAGUCCGACACAGACCUCCAGACAUUUCACCUCCCUCCAUCUUCCACGUCCCAGCCGACCACGAGCCGGACAAGCAGCUCGUGGACUGGCUGAAGGAGCAGGGCGCGGACGCCGACACCAUCGAUAAGUUUGUGCUGGACGAAUACAUGCUGACGGACAUUCUCACUGAGGUUACCAAAGACGACCUCCGCUGUCUACGUCUACGGGGCGGAGUCCUCUGCCGCAUCUGGCGAGCCAUCCAGCGGCACCGAGAGCGAGAGCGGCUGACGAGCGACCGGCGCUCGGAGGACGAUGCAUGACGACACACGUGGACUCUGAUCUGAAGAAACACGCACAUCCGCUCUAUGCUGGCUCGGCCACGUGCCGCUCUCUCUCCUCUCUCUGCCCGCACUGUUCCUUUAGUUGUUGUCUCUGCGUCGCUCACACACGACAAACUGAGUCUGUGCUCGUCCUCACAGAGUCAGGCCUGAUCCGACCAAAGCGCUUUACCGCCGGCACUUCUCUACGUAUCUUUAUGUGCACUUAAAUAUUUAUUUAACAAGUGUAUACAAGGGACCUGAAAAUGAUUUCCUCUUGCGUAUGAAACGUCAGCUUUAGAAUUGAAAUAUUAACGGAGACACGUGAUGCCUUUCAGGGUUUCUUCGUACUCUAAAGGAUUUUGUAAAUAUACGAGUUAAAAAGCCCACAGCUGCUGAGACACCUCGCCCGUCGUCUGAUUCUUCUGCAUCAUCGCCAUCUUAUGACAUCACAACGCCCCACAUCUGCAUAAUACACGCCCAGAUGCUUGACUGCCACGCCCCCUUAAAACGCCAAGAGAGCUGAGGCCCAAGAUUACAGACGUGCCAUGGAAGCAGCCGACCAAUCUCAUCAGAGCGAGCCAGCUGGCCAAUCAGAGCAGACUGGGGUCUUAAAGAGACAGGAGCUAAAACCAAGUAUUACAGACAGAGGCUGAAAAGAGGUGCAGCAGCAAUGCAAAGUGUGAGGAAAAUGUUCUGAUCGUUUUCAAGUCAUAACCCAAAGUUAAACUAUCAACAUGUAAAUGACCAUCGUACAUCCACUUUACUGAACCAGUAAGUCCCAAACAUUUGUAUCUUGUGACGCCUCAAACACCGUAUAGCCUUCAUGUCUCCUGGCAUCAUGAGCAGGACAACCAAAUAAUAAUUAAUAUUUUAAAUUAAGAGGUUUGAGGAGGCAAAUAUUUGUGAUUAAGAAGAAUAAUGUCAUGAAUUUUUCAUAGAUUUAUUUCAGUUUUAUCUAUAUUUUGGGACUCCAUUGGGAAGCUGACUGCCAGAUGGGAAUAACCACUUAAAACAACCAGAAUUUUGAAAGAGUAUAUAUGUGCAUCUCUUUGCACGUACUCCUGCCAACUCACCAGUAUUACCAGUGUCUCCACAACCUCCAGACUGAUUUAUGUGUCUAUCCUCAUUUUGGGUCCGUCCCCUCAUUUUUCAGCCAAAGCGUAACCAAGACAAAUGACUCGAACUCUUCUAGUUUCAGGUUGAAUUGUGAAUUAUUUCCAAAACACACAAACUAAUGCGUACACUUCCUAAAGCCCUCGCCUGUCACCUAAAGCCUUAACUCUUGCAAAGUGAAAAACCGCCACACUGAGAUGAGCGAUUGACCCGUGCAAAUAUUGAUCUCCCUGAUAUUCUCAAUGAAUUAUCUGUAAUUUUCUCCUCUGUGUGAACUUGUAUUCAAUUUUAUUUUUUUGUAUUCACACUGUUAUAUGUAAUUAUAUGCUUGUGUGUUUCCUGGUUGCUUUAGAGCUGCAAUAAACCUGGGAAUAAUGGA